AUGUUCGACUGCGGACCUAAUCAGACGGUCUUACAGAUUCUGGCUCCAUUCACCAACGUGUUCUCCCAGAUUCAUUCAUAUCUUUACGUAUUUCUAUGCGUAGUCGGUGUAUUCGCCAAUAUCGCCAUUGUCGUCGUUUUAUUACGACCAGCAAUGCGACGAUCACCGUUCAACUUGUUUUUGAUAUGUAUUGCUAUUUGUGAUGCGACACUCAUGGCAACCUAUUUGCUCUUCAAACAUGUGGAAUUUUGUCAUCCAUGGUUCUUCUCACACGUUUGGAUGAUCUACACAAGAUUCUAUGCUAUGUUUUCCGUAUUUGUACACAGCGCCAGUUUAUGGUUUACGGUAAAUAUGGCAGUAAUGAGGUAUCUGGUUCUCUAUCGGGGAAGUCAUGCUCACAGUCGUCUGCCUCCAUGCAAUGGCUAUCCAGCAGCCUGUGUAGCGAUCAUUGUUGGAGCUGUGAUCGCUCUUAUUGGGAGCCUACCAAACAUGCUUCGCUAUAGAAUAAAAUUUGUGAAAGAGAUGCCAGUACCUGGAAGUUGCCUCGAGACUAAAUAUCAUGCAUCAUGGGACGAAUCCGAUACUAUCUACAGAUACGAUCUUGUACAGCCGACAUGGUGGAAUUGCCAAUGGGAACGGAUCAACUUCUGGGUUGCCGCACGUGAAAGACGACUGCGGCUUUGUGGAGGCGUUCCCACUGGGAAUUCUCAGGCUGAACGAACAACCGCUAUGUUGACGGGAAUUGUUGCUGUGUUUUUGAUUACUGAACUGCCUCAGGGGAUUCUUGGCCUUGCUGUCGGUAUCAAUCCUCGCAUGAUGUUCAUUACCGUUCCUCUUGGGAACUUUUUCGAUUUGCUUUCGCUUAUCAAUAGCGCCGUUAAUUUCGUUCUAUGUGCUCUGAUGUCUCAUGUAUUCAGAAGGGAGUUCCUGCACACGUUCAGUAUGUGCUGUCCACAGUCCAGCGAAAAUCACAGUGGAGCACCGAUCACUAAACCGUGCAAUAAAACGUUAUUCUAUUUAUUCAAUACUUGA